AUGACUAUUCGGAACCUCGCUCCUCCAUCUAAGCCGUCUAUCCCUGCUUCGCUGUGUUUGGACGAGAACAACAAAGACAUAAAUACGGCUCAAAUAUGUUUUGAAAUGCUUUCCCAAACGAUAGCCGCUGAAUCUUGCAUGGAGAACAGCCAGCGGUUAUUCAGAAGUCUUGACUUUAACCCAAGUCCUGAUGAGUGUAUUGACUUGUUACAACGAACACUGCUCUCCCUUGACCAAGUCUUUCUCGGCUUCCCUCCACAAUCCCACGAUGAAGUUGUUCUGGAAAGUUGGUCGAUGAUUGAAAGGGCCAGAGCAAUGAUGCAAUCCACUAUCCUGAAGCUUGAGGACCUCAAAAACGGCCCCGAAAGGUCGGUUGAACUUGAUCAUAACUUUGAAGUAAACCAAAGUGUAUAA